AUGGCGCGCAGGACCAUGGCAGCGAAAGGGGAGGAGGAAGCCGUGCAGGCUGAUCCACGCUUUUCUAUGGAUGCGUGGGAGAAUAAGGAAUCGACACGACCAUCGAAGCGGGAUAGAGAAGAGGAUGAGGAAGUGGAAGAGGAAGAGGAAGAUGAGGAAGAUGAAGUAGGCGGAGACGAGAUGGAUGAGAACGAAGAGGAGGCUAUGGCAGGGCCGAUUCUCACGACGAAAGACCUGGAAGAGUUCAAGAAAAAGCAACAAAAGAGGGGCAUUAUCUAUGUGAGUCGUAUACCGCCAGGGAUGACGCCAGCCAAAGUACGGCAUAUUUUUUCACAAUUUGGUGAAGUGGGCCGCAUCUACCUGCAACCCAAAGAAAAGGCGACGUCCAAAAAGCCGAAGCGCGCCUCGCACUUCUCAGAAGGCUGGAUUGAGUUUCAGUCGAAGCGCGUAGCGCGGACGACCGCCGAAAUGCUCAAUGCACAGCCCAUUGGUACCUUGGGUGGCUCAGCACAUUCAUCUAGGCGAUCGCAUACGGGAGCGGGUGUAGUAAACCGAUGGAAGGACGAUGUGUGGACAAUGAAAUACCUCAAAGGCUUCCGGUGGCCCAUGUUGAUGGAGCAGAUGUCACAAGAACGCGCAUCACACGCGGCACGAUUGCGUAUGGAGCUAUCUCAAUCGGCCCAUGAGCAGCGUGACUACCUCAAGAAGGUUGAACGUUCGCGUGUGCAGCGAGAGAAGGAGGCGAAACGCAUCAAACGUGGAGAAGCCCCGAGUGAGGCGGUAGCGCCGACCCAUACAUACCAGCAACGUGCACCGGUGUACCGCGAUGUGCGUGACCAACGUACGCACAAAGGGCCCAGUCGCACACCAGCGAGUGGUGGUGCAGACAUGGACAAUGUGUUAUCGCAAAUUUUUUAA